AUGGCAAACUAUGCAAGCCAGAUACCCGCGAUCUUACUCGCCUUCGAACAUCUUCUCGGUGGCCAAGCCAGGAUAACAGACAAGCUCACGCCAUCACUAUACAAGCGAGCCGUGACGAACAAAGGACCAGGCACAGCAAAAGCUCUCUACCCCAUCAUACCAGUGAAAGACCCAGUUCGGCACUCGAAUGUCGUUGGAGUUCUCAUGUGCCUGACUGGAGCUCUGCUAGCCUGGCCCAAGACACGAGGAACAUUUGCACCUCUCGCCCUCAACACAUUCCUGACUGGAGCUGGCAUCUACAGUCAACGCCAGAUGCGGAUACCAUUUUGGCUGCCUUGUGUUAAUAUGAUUCUUGGAGGACUGGUUUGGUGGAUAGAGAAUAGAGCGUGA